AUGGCUGAGGUGACAGUCAACAGCCUGGAGUUUUUCAAUAGCCAUUGGACCACAUGGCGAGUGCUGGGAGUGGCUCAUCUUCGUGUCCAGUCCUGGCGGACUUACCUUUCCUAUAGUAUUCUGUUGAAUCUGAUGGUGACCCUGGGCUAUCCCUUUCACCUGGGAAUGUCGCUCUUUCGCAAUCGCACUUUAACCGAGGACAUUCUCAACUUGACCACCUUUGCGACCUGCACAGCCUGUUCGGUAAAGUGCCUCCUCUAUGCCUAUAGAAUCAAGGACGUGUUGGAAAUGGAGAGACUUUUGAGGCUUCUGGAUAAGCGGGUCGUGGGUCCGGAACAACGUGGAAUCUACGGACAAGUGAGGGUGCAACUCCGUAACGUCCUGUACAUCUUCAUUAGCAUCUACUUGCCCUGCGCCCUCUUCGCCGAGCUCUCCUUUCUGUUCAAGGUGGAGCGUGGCCUGAUGUAUCCCGCCUGGUUUCCCUUCGAUUGGCUCAACUCCACCAGGAACUAUUACAUAGCGAAUGUUUACCAGAUCGUGGGCAUCUCCUUUCAACUGCUGCAGAACUAUGUGAGCGAUUGCUUUCCGGCUGUGGUGUUGUGUUUGAUCUCCUCUCAUAUAAAGAUGCUCUACAAGAGAUUUAAGGAGGUUGGAGUGGAUCCGACGAAAAAUCCGGAAAGAGAACUGGAGGCCUGCAUCACUGAUCACAAGCAUCUUUUGGAACUUUUCCGCCGCGUUGAGUGGUUCAUAUCUUUACCCAUGUUAAUACAAUUCACGGUGACCGCCCUGAAUGUCUGUAUAGGCAUUGCAGGCUUGGUGUUUUUCGUCACUGAGCCCAUGGCCCGAAUGUAUUUCAUAUUCUACUCCUUGGCCAUGCCCCUGCAGAUCUUUCCGUCCUGCUAUUUUGGCACUGACAACGAAUACUGGUUUGGAAGGCUCCAUUACGCGGCUUUCAACUGCAAUUGGCCUACUCAGAACAGGAGCUUCAAGAAGAAAAUGAUGCUGUUUGUGGAGCAAUCGUUGAAAAAAAACACUGCCGUGGCUGGUGGCAUGAUGAGGAUCCAUCUAGACACCUUCUUUUCCACACUGAAAGGUGCCUAUUCCCUGUUUACCAUCAUUAUACGGAUGAGAAAGUAA